AUGAACAAACAAUGCAUUUUCUGCACCGUGCUUUGUGCAAAUGAUUGUUGCUCACAAUGUAAUCAAAUGAGCCGUGGUUUGAAAUUUGAACGUCUACUCCAGCGUCUGGAAAGAUGUUCCGAAAGUAUCAUGUACCAUGAUGAAAUCAACUCUGUUGUCCAACAAAUCAAACAGAUGGAUCUGAUGACAAGACCGUUUCAGUUUUAUCCUACUUAUGUUUUUGAUGAAACAAAGCAUGUAGUGGAUGAGAUUGCUAGCGAAUAUCUUAAAAAAGCGACUGAUGAUAUGCAUCAUCUUCUUCCUGUUAGUGUCCCUGGGGAUGGAAACUGCUUAUACCAUUCUGUUGUUCUUCUGAUGAACAAUCCACUGGUGACGACUACUGAAUUACGAGUGCGAACAAUUGUUGAACUUAUAACAAAUGAAAAUCAUUAUCAAAACAUAUAUUCACAAUAUCUAGGACCUACCGAUAUUGCUAUUAAAGAUAUUUGCAAAAACUAUAUGUAUUCUGAAUUAUACACAAUAGCUGCACUAUGUAAUGUACUGAAAUGUAACAUACGUAGUGUCUAUCCAAAAAUUGAUUUUCAACAUUAUAUGGCAAUGUGGGAUAACGUCUUUAGACCUAUUCCACCUGUUGUUGGGAACUGUAACAUUGCAAUUUUAUGGUCUAAUGCUUUGAAUGAAAAAGAUUCUCGAGAAGCUCGCAAUGGCACAUGGAGACCAAACCAUUUGGUUCCGCUUCUGUCGCCACUUAUUAUCAAUGAGCAUGAUAACGCCAAUCAAUCGUCGUCAAUUAUUGUCACUCCUGAAAAGAAAACGGUUAAGAACUGUGUUGUUACUCAAAUAAGAGUACCUGAAUUUCAAUCUUCUCCUAGUAGACGCCUACGAAGCGAAGAAAAUAAUGGAAAUGAUACCAUCCAAUCACAAUCAGAUAUUUCAAGUUCAAUACAAAAGGAACAGAACGGUAAAGAAGAACGACGUCAACUUCAACUUCGAAAGAAAAGAGAGAGAAGUCGAAUCAGCCGAAUGAAUGAGACAGAAGAACAGCGGCAAUGCCGUCUUCAGAAAGACAGAGAACGAAGCCGGUCCAAUCGAAAAAGUGAAUCAGGAGAACAACGUCAAAGUCGUCUUAAAAAAGAUUGGAAACGAGUGCAAUCCAGUCGAAGAAAUGAAACUGAAGAGCAAUGUCGCAUUCGACUUGAACAACAGAAAAAUCGAAGUCAAUUAAAUAGAACGAAUAGGAGACUGGAAAAACAAAAGCACGGAAACGAUGGCACUGAACAAAUCGCUGCUCAUUCACUUUGGCCUGAACCAAUUCCUCGUGAACUGAAAGACACUCGUUUACAACAAUUUCUAGAACAAAUGUCCAUGUCAAAAUUGGCUGAAGCUACUUGUGCUGUUUGUAAUAUUCGUACUUCAGCGAAAGAUGCGAAGAAAAUACCAGUCUCAAAAAUACCUAAUAUCGAUUUACUCAAAGUUUCUGAAGAAUUCAAAAAAUUAACAAAAAGUUCUACCCAAAAUAUUUCUGUUUUGACAGCUGAUGAUAAUCAUCAACAGGCGACAUCGCAUAUUAAAAAUCACUCAAACUUUGAUUCUUCAUCUUUUUAUUACGACAAUGAUGUUUUCUUAUACAAAAAUGGCUUAUUUAAGACAAAUCGAGUACAGAUGUGUGUUCUUUGCCACAAAUGCCAUACCUCUCUUUCUAAAGAGCAUAUACCCAAAUUUUCACCUGCUAAUAACAUGUGGUUAGGCGAUAUUCCUGCUGAAUUACAAGGAUUGACGAUUCCAGAAGAAAAAUUAAUUUCACUUUAUCGUCACAAUAGCUGUAUAAUUAAACUUCAAUCACCUUUUCAUUCGGCUACAACAGCUCAAGCAGCAUUGAAAGGAAAUUGUAUUACUUUCCUCCAGAAUGUACCGAAUAUUGUCAAUAGCUUGCCACUGAAACUUGCCGAUCUAUGUGAAACGCUAAAAGUCAUCUUUAUUGGAGCUCGUCCGCCUGAUCGUCUUCAUCUUCGAAGAGUUCUAACAGUUCGGAAGAAGAAAAUUACUCAAGCGCUACAAUGGCUGAAAAAAAAUAAUGCGCUCUACCAAAAUGUCCAUAUAAAUCUCGAAAACAUCGCUCAGUUACCAGAAGACGAUGUCCCAGAAUGCAUCAUGUCUACCUUGGAACAAAAGAUAGGUGAUGAAGAAUCACAAUCUGAAAGAACUGGAUAUGUCCCAGAUCCAUUGUUGACCCCACAAGAAAAUACUACUUCUAAUGUUAUACCUAUUAGUAACAGUGGCGUUCUCGAUGUCAAUGGCUCAUCAGUAUCAUCAGAUGAGAUCAAUAAUUACCUUUUACAUAAGAUAAAGCAUACUGGAAAUGAUAAUGAAAUAGGUGCUGACAAUGUUUACUUAAUUCCACAUUCAUCGAAACCAGCCAACGAAUAUUUCAAUCCAAGAUUAUUAACUGGUUUAUAUCCAACUUUAUUUUGCUAUGGACGAGGAGCACCUGAAGAUCAAUCCCGUCCAGUUGAAAUCAAAUUCAGAGAACAUAUACGCUAUCUUUUGUCGUAUAAUGAUCGUCGUUUUGAAACAAAUCAUAGCUUCCUAUUUGUCGUCUUCAAUUUAUUGCAAAGACGUGAUGCGUGUCUUCACGCUCAGUUAAUAGCCACAAGACCAUAUUUUCAAACAUCUGCUAAUGAAAUUCAAUCAAUCAAAAGUAAAGAUAUUGAAAUAGCUCUUGAUAAUAAUUCCAAAAGAACAUAUACUACGGAAUCAAAUAGUGCUGCAUUGAAUAAACUAUUACAACAUAUCAAAACUGUUGGUGGUCGAGUUAUGGGGUCAGCAUAUUCAAGAACAGCAUUACGCACUCGAAUCCAUGCACUUAUUUUCAACCAAGGUCUUCCUAGUAUAUUUCUUACAAUAAAUCCAGCUGAUAUUCAUAGUCCAGUAGCAUUAUAUUUUGCUGGUGUACCACUUAAUCUUGACAAAAUUCAACACGAACAAUUGAUGGAUACCUAUAGAAGAGCUGAAAUUAUAGCAUCCCAUCCAGUUGCUACCGCCAAAUAUUUUCAUACAUUAAUUACCAAUAUCUUAGAUACUAUGAUCAUGGGUGGUGUUAUCGGACCAAUAAAAGCUUAUUUUGGCACUGUCGAAAACCAAGGUCGAGGUUCACUCCAUCUACAUCUUCUCAUUUGGCUUGAUCAUGAUUUGAAGCCAGCUGACAUGAAAGAAAAAAUUCAAGAUGCUACUUUUCGCAACAAGUUAAUAGCAUAUUUAGAAGAUAUUAUCAAAGAAGAUUUAGACGAAUUCAAAGAUAUACAAGCUAUCGAAUCUUCAAAUGGGUCGGAACCAUUGAACACACCGAAUAAGUUAUCUCAAAGCAACAUCUAUACUAGUUUACGUACCAUUGAUUUGACAGGUUUAACAGAGAACGCAAACGAAUCAGCUAAUUUAUCACGUCCAUUUUCUCUGUCGAUUCCUUACAAAUCUCCAUCGAUUCCGUUCGGAUCACCAUCAAUUCCCUAUAGAUCUCCAAUAUCAAGUCCAUUGGCACACACACCAACACAGGAUCGACCUACAUUCGAUGUGGAUGCACCAUCGAAUCGAUUAAAAUUACUUCCUGCCUGCUUACCUACUCCAAAUCCUUCAUCACCAAAUUUCCUACCACGGUUUCGUGCUGAUGUCGUUCAACUUGUUGAAUCGGACAAUACUCACAGACAUACUGCUACAUGUUACAAAUAUUACAAUGCGAGCCGAGGUGACAAGAAAGAUUGUCGUUUAAAUAUGCCACGAAAACAGGUAGCAGUAUCGACAAUCGAUCCUGAAACUGGUCAUAUUUCAAUGAGACGAUCAGAUCCAUGGAUUAACAAUUUCAAUGAAUAUAUCAUAUCAGCUUGUCGUUCUAAUAUGGACAUUAAAUUUAUUUGGACUGGUAGUGAUGCUAAAGCGUUAGUUUAUUACAUUACCGAUUAUGUGACAAAGAUGAGUCUAUCUUUUCAUGAUACAUUCUCUCUUGUUCAAAAAAGUAUUACAUCACUACAAAAUCCAAACAACCAAAUAAAUUGCGACAAUGCAAUUGAAAAAUCACGCAAACUCGUCCUACGUUGUUAUAAUGCACUUGCAUCACAGCAAGAAUUGUCUGGUGUUCAAGUUGCUUCUUAUCUUAUGAAUUGGGAUGACCAUUAUACAACACAUAAAUUUCAAGGUCUCUACCUAAUCCAAACUGAGCGAUAUUUACAAGCGGAAUUAAAUGAAAUGCGUGAAAAACAAAAUCUGCGGCUAACAUCACACGAUGAAAUUGAUGACGAAGACAUGUAUGAUAAGGAUGAAACGAACAACGAUGAAAACAAUGAAGAAAACUUUCAAAUUCAAUCGACUGAAGACAAAAAUAACUUUAUACUCGUUAAUACACGCAUUGAUUAUCAGCAUCGCCCAGACAAUAUUUUCAACACAUGUUUAUACGAUUUCGUCAGCACAUUUUAUAAGAAGAAAAUCAGUGAAAUCGAUUUAAAAUAUUUAUCGAAAUCUUCUACGACAGAAAAACGACAAGACAACAAAAAGGGUCGACCAGCAAAUGAACGAUUUUCUUUACAAAAAGAGCAUCCUCAAGCAACAACUCAUAUACUGAUGAAAUACAGCGAAGUCCAUGUACCUGUUCUCUAUGGUCCACAGAUUCCUCGCAAAGAUCGCGAUGAAACUCGAGAACGAUACAGUCGAGCAGUUCUCACACUUUUUGUACCAUGGCGCAAUGUGGCUGAUCUUUGUGAUGUCGAUCAAACAUGGGAAGAGGCCUUGGAAUCACGACAAGAGCUUAUUUCUGUUCGUUCGUGGAAGAUUAUAGAGAAUAUUCAGCUUUUACAUGAGUGUAAAAAGGAUCGUGAUGAACACUUACUUCAAAUUAUUGCUAAAGCACAAGUCGACAAUGACUCAGUUGAUCCUGUACUUCUACCAUCCAAUCAAGAUGACCAUAAUGAAUACGAGAUAGAUGAUAUCGAUGAUCUAAUUCAAUUGAUAGGCAACGUGGAUGAAUUCACAACUGCUGCCAUUAAUGCCACGAAAAAAUCUACAGAAAAUGUGUAUAUUCGAGAAACUGUUGAAGCUGUCGAAAAAGUUGGACGCUUCAAUCAUAGAAAUCAACAAGAUCAACACAUAUCAAAUACGCGUCUUGGCCGACAAAUUGUACCUUUUGUUUCUGCAACGACUAAUCUCAUUAAACUUAAUUCGAAAUGGCAAGAUCAGCUGAAGAUUGAAAAAGAACGAAUUAGACGCAGUUUAAUUUCGGGCAAAGAUAACAGCGACGAUGGUAUUUUGGAUUUUAACGAUGCAACCGAUGCUGUUGUAACAGUUGUAAAUCCAUAUCAAAAUCAAAACAGCUUCGAAAAAUAUUUAGCGAUUCCUCCAGUACUCGUCGUUAAAAACAAUUUCUCAACUCAAAGUCGCAUCGUUGAUGAAUUUACACUGAACAAAGAACAGAGAGCUGCAUUCUUGAUAAUUACAAGGCAUCUUGAUGGUGACAGUCGAUGCCGCACAGGUGACAACAACGGUCAGCUCAUAAUGUGUGUGCCUGGAUGUGGCGGGACAGGCAAAUCACAGUUGAUUCGAGCUCUGACAAAAUAUUUUCUUUUGACAAAAAGAAUGCACAUGAUGCGAAAACUUGCACCUACUGGAAUUGCAGCAGCUGAGAUUGAUGGCAUGACAAUUCAUUCCUUCUUAGGCGAACAACGUAAUUCAGGAAAGCCACGUACAAUUAAACCAGGCGAUUCCAAAUUGGAAAAAGAAUGGAGACCUGUUGAAUAUCUAUUAAUUGAUGAGAUGAGUAUGGUUGGCUUAACUUUAUUGGGAAAACUUAAUCGAAUUAUUUGCUCUGCAAAACAUGUCGAUCCUCAGGUUCCAUUUGGUGGUGUGAACGUUAUCUUCUUUGGCGAUUAUUUACAAUACCGACCAGUCUAUGACUCACCAUUACAUACCGACUUUUCAUUACCAUCGAAAAAGAAACCAGGGAAAAUACCAUCUGAAAAGGAAGUUCAACAGCGUGUUGCACGUUCUCUGAUUCUUCAAAUCAAUUGUGUGGUGAAACUUACACAACAAAUGCGAACAGAAGAUUUACGAUAUCUUCAAUUACUUGAUCGUCUUCGCCAUGGACAGUGCACUUACGAUGACUAUGAGCUUUUGCAAACACGAGUUGUUGGACAACCAUCAAUCGAAUCUCUACACGAUUCUCCUUGGAACAAAGCUUCCAUUCUUGUGUUCCGAAAUGAAGUUCGUACACAAAUAAACAAUAAAGCAGCAGUUCAUAAUGCAACACAAAUGGGUCAUCCACCUAUGGUUUGUGUUGCUCAGGAUACUUGUAAAGGCAAACCAAUUGAAGACCCGAUAUUGCUUAAAAAAUUAUUAGAAUUAUCUGAUAGCAAAACAGAGCAUUUACCUGGCUUACUACCUUUUGUUCCAGGCAUGCCUGUUAUUUUGACACAAAAUAUUGCUACUGAACUUGGUCUUAUCAAUGGUAUCAAUGGAAUCUUUCGACAGCUAGUAUACCAUGAAGAAUCGAUAUCAACAGAAACUUUAUCUGAAAUCUUCCCAAACAAUACAAAAUAUAUUCGUCGACCAAUAUAUGCUUUGAUCGAGAUGACCAAAUCGAAAAUCGAAUGCAAACUUCAAGAUCUUGGACCGAAACUUAUUCCAAUCCCAUUAGUGGAACAAACAUUUCGUGUCGAUAUUGCCGAUAUUCUUCCGAAAGACAAGAAACCAAAAUCAAAUCAAAAGGCAGUUCUAUCGAUCAAACGGUCUGCAUUACCACUUGUGCCUGCUUAUUGCAUGACAACACAUAAAAGUCAAGGUCAAACUUUGAAUAAAGUGGUUGUUGACUUAAAGUUGCCAAAUGAAACUGAUGACAUCGCAGCAAUAUACGUACCAUUAUCUCGUGUAAAACGUCUAGUCGAUCUAGCAAUUUUACGACCAUUUGACUACAAAGUUUUACUUAUGAAACCAAAUAAGUCUCAAAUCGCCGAAAUAGAACGACUUGAUCAACUAUAUACAAACACCCAAAGCCGUUUCUCAGAAUGGUUUGAAUAA